CAAGAGAGACUGAAGCAGCUGAAGAAGAACAAGCGUGACUGGGAUGGAGUUUUGCCUUCUGCUGUUAAUGAUAUGGACCUUUACGGGAAGCACAUUAGCAGAGCCUGACCAAUACAGCAGAGCCGUGACCCGGAAACGCUCAAACUAAUGUCUAAACCACGAUGCUCUCUUCCUGAUAUUGUCGGAAGAGACGACAUACUGAGGAGGCGAAGGAGGAGGAAAAGAUAUGCACUAUCAGGCCUAAAGUGGGAUAAGACAGAUCUCACAUGGAGUAUCCACAGCUACCCAAAUCCCUCCACCUCCCCGUGUGAAAGAUGCUGACCGACCAGGUGGUGAUGAUCCCCACUUCCCACGCCUGCCCAGUCCACCUCCACCGAGGCCAACACAGCAUUCUGAUCCAUCAUUCCAAGAGCGGUGUCAGGGAGGCUUUGAUGCUAUAGGAAACAUUAGGGGAGAGGUCUUCUUCUUUAAAGGUGCACAGUUCUGGAGAACCCAGCAAGAUGGAUCUUUGGUGUCCUUAAAUCCGGCUCAGAUCAAAAACUUCUGGAUGGGCCUUCCAGAAGGAAUAAACAAGAUCGAUGCUGUGUAUGAGAGGAAGAGUGACAGCCGCAUCAUCUUCUUCAUCGGAGCUCAGUACUGGGUCUUCAAGGACACAGUGGCUAUGGCCGGUUACCCUCAGCCUCUCUCUGACUGGGGCAUGAAGAAGAAGUCGGGUGAGACAGUGAACAGGGUGGACGCUGCUUUCAACUGGGCUCAUAAUGGCAAAACAUACCUGUUCAGCGGAGGGGAGUUUUGGAGGUUUAACGAAAACAUUGAGAAUGGACAGAGGACCAUCCAACCAGAGCAAGGAUAUCCACGGGAAAACACCCUAUGGGAAGGAAUGCCUGCCCAUAUCGAUGGCAUCAUUAGCUGGCGAGAAGGAAAUACCUAUUUCUUCAAGGAUAAUUCCUACUGGAUGCUCACAAAUGGAGGCCUGAACCAAGAUGAUGUCACACCAAAAUCCAUCGCUGUAGACUGGCUUAGAUGUCCAGCUCCUCCUUCAACUUCCACUCCAACAAAUCCUCGAUUCCCAAAAAAAUGCACCUGCAUCUUCUUGGGAUCGCAUUCAUCGCUGAGAAGCAGCUCUCUCCUCUUGAUUUUUAUUUUGCUGCUAACCAAUGAGAUUAUAAGAAACAUGAGUUUGUAAUUUUCUUGAGUCAGUGUUUACUUCUCCCUUUUUUCCACUGGCGGGUUAUUAAUAGAAUGACUUUAUGUCAUCUUACUUGCAUAAAGUUACACAAUAGUUUCAAAUUGAGUCCCAGUGGCAAAAAAAGCCUCUCUUAAACCCCCUGGGUUUUUAUAAAUACAGUUUCUCAUCUGAAACAUAUUGCGACAUUUUUGUAUUGAAUUACAAUGAGCUUUACAGAAGAAAGAAACGUCAUUUAACACCACAAGCAAGCACACAGGUUACUUCUUCAUAACAAGGUCUUAUGUAACCGCCUUGUGCUUGGGGUGAUAAAAAAGGUAAAUCAAACAUACUUAACAGCAAAAGUCAUUUUCAUCUUUAAAUAUAUCUAUUUAUAAUUAGAUUUUGGUGCUUUUGCUAAAAUAUCAAAAUAUAUAGUGCACAAGCAGAUCUGGAUUAUGGUAAAUUGAAGAUUUUGUUUUUUUAUAUUUGUGUAGUUUUUACAAAUGUACAAUGUUUUGGUUGUUUUACAUUGACAUUAAUAGCUGUCAUUGUAGAAUAUUCUUAAGGCUGGGCUGUGUUAAGCUGAGAUGCUUAACUUUGCACAUGAAACAUACCAAAUCCUUCAGUGGUUUUCACAGCUCAAGUCAGAUAGACUUACUGUAAAGUGACAAUAUACAUUUUGUAAAAUCUCUGUGAAAGAAAUCUUAAACAAAACCAUUUAUAAGUUAUCAGAAACUAUUAAAAUGUCCUAAUGUUGAAUUUUAUACUUUUGGUUUUGGUUUGUAGCUUUGUCUUUUGCUUUUAACACAUAUUUCUUUGGGAAGGAAAACAAAGCUUUUUUUUUUUUUUUUUUUUUUUCACGUGCCCUUGCCACAAGUGUGAAGGCAUGUUACCUCAUGUUGUCUUAUCUGGUUUAGAUUCAAGAUGUUUCAUUUUCAAUGAUUAAAUGCUUGUCAUUCUCCAGUGA